CCCUUUGCUCUCUCUCUGCAUCGGCAGAAGUUCAGUCGAAACCCUUUCGCGACGAAAAUCAACGAGCUCCGCUUGAAGGUUGGUAAAGAAGAAUUUUGAAAGACAGAUGACUGCAAAAGUUGAUUCAUCCUCUCCUGUUGAACUAACCCAUGGGCAGUCUACUGGUGCACCUGCAGUUUCAACUAGUAAUCCUAAGAUCUCAAAAUUUGGGGCAAAAGCUGGAUUUGUUAUACCAAAAAACAAAUUGUCUGGUUCAUUAGUUCCCAUUUUUCGAGGUGGUAGUAAAGCGGAUGCUGGCACUGAUGUUAAAGAAGAGAGUAGUAAACAGGUUCAAAGAAAAACAAAAUGGGGUGCUGACCUUACUCAAGAUGCUGCUGUGAGGAAAGGAAGAGCCUUAGCCUAUCAGACUCGAGUAGAGCAGAUCACCCAACAGCUGAAAUCUGGAGCUAUGGAGAUUGAAGAUGAUCAAGGUUCUCAGUCGCCAAAGCAGGAUCCUAGUCAGCAAUCAGCUACUAAUCAUGAUGGCCAACAGGACAAGAAAUUUGAACUCUUGGAAUUAGAAAAAAGAGAGAUAAUUGGUGAAAUUUUACGCUUGAAUCCUAGUUACAAGGCUCCACCUGAAUACAAACCAUUACUGAAAGAGGGCAAAGUUGCAAUUCCGGUUAAAGCCUAUCCGGGAUACAAUUUCAUUGGUUUACUAUUGGGGCCUGAGAGUAAUACUCAAAAACGAUUAGAAGAAGAAACUGGAGCUAAAAUACGGGUUUAUGGUACUAAAGCAAAUACUAAUGACAAGCGGGAAAUUACUCAGUCAGAUGCAACAGGACCCCAGGGUUCUUAUGAGGAGCUCUAUGUUAAUGUAUCUGCGGAUACAUAUGAGAAAGUUGAUGCUGCAGUUUCACUAAUCGAGCUGCUAGUUACCCCUGUAUCUGGUAAUGCUGUAGUUGAUUCCAAAAAUUCCACUCCAGUUGCUGAUGUCAAUCAAUUUGCGGCCCGACCAACAUCAGUAUCUCCUCAGUCUGGCCAACAACAGUUCCAGCAGCAAUAUUCUGCCCCUUGGUUUCCUAAUGCUCGGUCUAAUUCAGCUCUUGGAUUCUUUCCACUCUCAGCAACAAACAAUCCUGUAAGGUUCCCUCCACAUAAUGUUCCGUAUGCACAACCUAGAACGCCAUUGCCUCUUGUCAACAGACCUCAAUUACCCUUCCAACCAAUGCAACAACAUCCUCCUAACCAAGUAAUUUCACCUCAGCACCAAGCCAUGCCAGGUCAGCAGCCCCCACUAUUAUAUCCUUCAGUGUCAACUCAGUCUAAUUCACAACCACCACUCAUUGGGCCGAUGCCCCCUCCCAGACCGACUCCUGUGAAUUCUUCCGGGUGGUCUAGUUCCCCUUCAGUUGUUCAAUUGCAAAGGCCAAACACACAAAUGACUCCUCAACCUUUUAAUCCACAUAUAAGACCUCAACAGGCUUCAUUACCUCCACAAAACAUGCCUAGUAAUCUUAUCAGACCUCCAUCUAAUUUUGCGUCUUUUUCUCCAGUUACCCCUCUUUCAGGUCCUUCACCUGUCUUAUCUUCUUUUGGAUCUUCAGUGCAAAGACCUAUCACUCCAUUAACUUCCAUACCUCCUAAUAUUAAUAUACCUUCAAGCAGCGUGCCAGCUCCAGCUGCUGCUCAAGCAAGGGCGCUUUCCCAAUCUAUGGUGUCUCUAACUAGGCCACCUGUACCUAUUCCAACAAGUUCAAAUGGUGCUUUACCAGUUUCAGCUCCAAAACCCCUACGUCCAAUCUCAGGUGAUUUUACCUUUCAACCUCUCAGAGCCCAAGUCCCAGGGUCACCCACCACUGGUAAGCCUUCCCCUCUUCCACUUGCAGCACCUCAACCACCCUCUUUUCGACCAGCUGCACAAAACCUUGGUCAGAUUCCCAUACUUCCAUCUCCUUCUCCAACUCCUUUCUCUACAAAUUUGAGUCUAUCUCCUGUACUUCCUACUUCCUACUUCCCUGCCAAUUCAGUUAAUGCACAACCGCCACCCAGGUUCCCAUUUCCGAACUCAAACACUGGUCAAUUAAGGCCUAUGGCCCCGGCAAAUCAAAUGGGCCCACCGAGCUUUUCUCCAGGACCGAGAGUACCGCCUUCUGUUAAUCCUAUGCCUGCUCGUCCUCCUAAUUAUUUUCAACCCCAUCAAACUCAGUUACCUCUUUCAAACCAGCCUAGUGGCCUCGUUAUCCCGCGUAGUUCGGGAGGUAACCAAGUCUAUGAUCCAUUCUCACCAACGUCAAUUUCCUCGGCUCGUCCACAGCAGGGAGGUGAGGGUCUGAAGGCUCAAAAACAAGACACAGAUGCAGAGUAUGAGGAUUUAAUGGCUUCUGUUGGUGUGAAGUAAUGAAUUUACUGGCUUUUGUUCAAGUCCGCUCGAGUUCAAUAGUCUACACUGCGUCAAUGGGAUAGACAUUAUGGAUUUUAUAUUGGAGGUGAGAAUUCAGGCUUGGCUACAAGUAGGAGAGGAAGGAAGCCGAUUUAAGAGUCACCUCUUGUUAGGUUAAUAGGUCACCUUGUUAAAAAUCUCAUAUAGCUAUUGGAGAAACUUAGAGCUUGCUAUUCUCUAGUUUCUUCAACUUUCUUGGCUUGAGUGUAAGUUCAAUUUUCUAUUCUGCAUCUUUCGUAACUGGAUUAUAUAUUUUGUGGGCUGACUUGGGUAGCCUGCUGAUUAAGUUCUAUUAAAGAGGCCGUGCGCAGAGCAGCACAGAAGAACUUGAGGAAAGUGUAGCAUUUGUACGCAGGAGAUAAUCGAGAUAAUACGAAAUGCGAAAUUUCACAUAGAGGUUAAUUUCAGAAGCCGGAAUGGUGCCAAUUGUCGCUUGUUUAGAUUAUUUCUUCGUUCGAAUCCUUUAGUCAUUGCUUUCUAGUGAUCCUGGUUGUAGAAAAUCCAUAUUGAUGAUGGAAACGGAGACUAUGAAGUUUGCUAUUAUGUGUAUUUUGUGAGUGUAUUGAUAUUAGGAUAUCUUCUGUUAUGGUCUUACGCAGGGAGCAUCAGGUAUCUUCAUUUUAUGUAUCAUUUUUUCCUGCGCCUAAUGUUUUCAAGCUUAACUGAAGCUUAGCUUUGAUGGUAGCAAAGAAACAUCAGAGCAUUGAUUAUUGUGCUUUUCAGAGACAACUAAUGUACUGUUUGCGUUUGUGGAA